AUGACACCGGAAUUAUGCUCGACCUGCUUGCAGCUACGAGUUGCUUCUAUAGUCGACCAAACUCCCCUUGGGGUGGCUGUACGAGCGCAAAGUAGCGAACUGAUUGCUCUGCUUGUUGCUUACGGAGCUGACGUGAAUUUAGGCAUCUGCCCACUCGAUCUCGCGCCAGAAUUGAAGAAGCUCCAGCAUACCUGUAUUGAAGAACUCUUCAAGACUGCAUGCGCAGGCUGGGAAAAUGAUAAUUCAUCCAAGCCAACCCUUGCUCCUCUUUUUAAGAACUGGAAUCAGUUACAGACCUCCUUAACCAAGUUCUCUCCACAAAUGGAGAGCUUACCUCAGAACGUCAAUCGCGAGUCUUUCGAUGCUCAUCUGGGCGGUCUUCUCCAUAAAAUGAUUAGCACUGCAAUUGAAGAGUAUGAGUCCUCAACACCCUCGUACAAAAAACAAAAGAAGAUACGUUUGAUUUGGCUGUUCAGUCAAAUUACUACAUUCUGCUAUACAUUCAUCAAUAAAAGUGGAACAAGCAGGCUAUUCUCUGCUCUCAAUGCUCUUAACAAGAUCAUUGAUGCUGGACUAGUUCAUGACUUAUUUCCCUACAACGACCUGACUUUCCAUUCAUCUCGCCUUCUCAACCGAUCACAUCUUUUCGAAGCCGACGAUCAUAUCUCACUUCUCUAUUUGAAAGGUCUAAUGGUACCGCACAAAAGUCAAUUCAUAUAA